UUGGUACAUCUAGCUGCGCAUGCGCUGUUGUAACUGCCGGUUCACGGUGUUUAUGUCCGGUUAACGGCACGUUGUCGGAGUCUCCCGGUGGGUCACAGUCUGCAGUCAGCUGGUCGACCUGCCGAGUCGCUUUAAUAGAAUGAAACCCGUCGAUCAGAAGGAAGAGUCGGUUUACCAGCGAGUCGUGUUGAAGAACGCCUCGCCGUACCACUACUUGAAGGUCCACCUUGUGCUGGAGAAUGAGACAACCAGACUGACUGCAGUAGAACUGAAGCAGUUCAUCAUCACCGGCCUGAAGACUCUGCAUGGUGAGGUGGGAGCAGCGCUGAACGUUGACGUGUUGAAGUACGAUGACGACAGCUUGACUGCUCUUCUUCGUGUUAGCAGCAGGGGUUUGGUGAAGCUGUGGAGCUCCUUGACUCUGCUGGGAUCCUACCAGAACCAGGCCUGUGCCUUCAGAGUGCUGCAGGUGUCUCCGUUCCUUCUGGCGCUGACUGGAAACAGUCGAGAGCUGCAGCUGGACUGAAGCCGGAGGAGCGUUUGUUUCCGUCACCAUGACGACCGCGUGGAGCCGAGCAUUCACCAGACCGUGGCUCCGCCUCUCCUCC